AUGUCUUCUGCACUUCUGACAAUGUUGCCGUGGGUAAUGGACAAGAUCUUCAUACCACUCACUCAAAGUAAAUUCGCUCAAUCUUCAGCCUUCAUCACUAAUGCAAUGUUUGCUGAUUUUCAAGAUUCGAAUAGUAUUGAUGAUUCGAAUACUGUAACACCGUUUCAAAUUGUCAAUCCACCAUUUGUUGAUGGAUACGCCAAUGUUACUUCUUCACAUUAUCUACCUGUUUGGGUAAAUUCACUGUCAAUGGCAAAUUCUGUUUUCUAUUUAAUAUGUUUUGCUAUUUAUUAUGUAGCAUUGGGUAUCUUUUUAUACAAAAUACGAAACAUUCACAUCAAGAGAAAUCCAAAGAUUAUGUUCAUCUUGGCAAUUACUUUCGUUGCCAUUCAAUCUACAAAUUUGGUGAUUCGUAUAGUUUAUGAUGCUAUGCAUAUUUAUGCAAAAGUUGUGAGUGAAACUGGUCAGCAAAUGUCAAGUUCCUUCUUUAUUGCAUUGAAUUUAAUGGGUGCACUGACAAUCUUUUUCAUGUUUUCUGAUUUUGCCUUUUUAUUUGUUGUCUUGUUCUUUUUCCAAAAGAUUUUUUGGACAACUGCACAAUUGAUGGGUGCCAUUUCAAAGAAAACAUUAUUCAUCAUUCAAUGGACACUCAAUAUUUCAACACUUGUCUUUACAAUUUUGUGUGAAUUGAUGAUUUGUCUAGUUUCUGCCUUCUUCUUCCUUCAAAAAUCAGACAUGGUUGGUAAAACACCAACUAUGGGUGUUUACAUUGGUUGUUUCUUAGUCAUUUUGGUCAUGUUACUUUUUGAUGGCAUUGUAACAGUCAUUUCAGGUGUUUUAGUUAUUACAACCAUCAAGAAGACAACACGUGCAGUGAUGGCAACUUCACAGAAAUAUCACAAGACCACCACAAAUACUCUCUCAACAGGACAUAUGACUCCUCGUGGAAGUAUUGAAAGUGAAAAGUCCACUAAUUUACCAUCAGCACAUGCACCUGUUGAAAGAACAUCCAUUGAUAGAAAGAUUGAACAACGUAUUCAAUCACCAUUCAAGGUUACUUUUGGUUUAUUGAUGGCCUUGGUUGCCUGCAUUCUCUUCCAAUUGGUUGCUGCUGGUAUUGCUAGUGGUGCUACUGAAAUUGAUAUCAUUAAGCCAUUGUGGUAUUUCUUCAAUUGUUUGGGAGUUUUGAUAUUUGCUGUCAUUAUUCUCUUUCUCUUUUAUCCAAUGUUUGUUAACACUGAAGUUGCCUUUAAGGAAAUUGAAAUUUCCAAGACAAAUGCUCAAAAAUCACACGGUUUCAAUAAUGGCUCUAUUUCACAACGUUCCACAGGUCAUACCGGUGGUGUCUCUAUGGUUGAGAAGGAACUGAUGCUCCACGUUGCCGGCAGCUCUCACAUUGAAUCUCCAUCAACCAUCACUCCAACAACUGAAACUAGUCCAAUGGAAUCCAACAAGCUCUUACUGCAAUUGCCAACCAACCAAACUGAAAAGAUUGAAUCAGAAUUAUCUCCUUCUCAGAAUGGAACUAGUUCUGCAUCUUCUUUCAUGUAUCAGCAGCAGAAUACUCAACAACAACAGCAAGAACAACAUGGAUUUUCAUUGUUUCCGUUUGGUUCGCCUCUGUCUUCUUCUUCUUCGGCAAUGAAUUCAACUGCUCCUUCUUCAUAUUUUCAAGCCGAAUCGGGACCAGCAAUAGCCUUUAAUCAUGGUGUUGGUUCGUCUUCGACACAAAAUAGUAAUUCAGAGAUGGAUAUUCAAUUACAUAACAUGAUGAUGAUGAUGCAGGGAGGAGGAGGCAUGAUGCCAAGCACCUUUUUAGAAUUAUUUAAUUUUGCUGCAAUUAAUCCAAGUCUUGACAAUAGUAGUAAUAAUAAUUUGAUGCAUACAGUAGUAGGAGGAGCUAAUACGGCAAUAGUUGAUUCAAAUAGUGAUAUUUUGUUGGGAAAAACAAAUUCCGAAACAAUAAUAUUCUCUAAUACUAGUCCAAAUAGUAGUGAUAGUAGUAAUAAUUCAAAAUCUAAUAGUACAACAGUUGUGGAGCAGUCAACAGAAGAGUUUUCUCCUAUUGCAUGCGACCAUUGUAGAUCACAACAUAGAAAAUGUGAUAAGAGAAAACCAUCUUGUUAUUCAUGCCAACAACGAGGAAUUAAUUGUCACUAUAGAGAAUCAAAGAGGAAUUUGAAAAAGAAACCAAACAUUCAACCACCAUCAAUUGUACAAAAGAAGAGAACUGAAACUCAAUAUGAACCAUAUUCAAAACCAAAGACUAAUACUACCACUAACAAAACUUCACCAAGUGAAUCAACAGCUCUCACAUCUUCUCUUUCUAAACCUAACAUGAUUGAUUUCUAUUAUGAUGUUGUAGCUGGAGGUUAUCCACUAUUGUCAAGGCAGGAGCUGGAAAAUUUUGCUGGAAAAUUUGAUGAGAAUCAAGAUCUCAAUACUCUAGUCGAUUUUGAAAUGCCUUCAAUCUAUUUUUCUAUCAAGGCACUCUGUGAAUGUCAAUACGGACUUCAUGAACAAGCAGAAAAAUCAGCUGAAAAGGCCAAAAAGUGCCUGUCUAGAGUGUUUGAUAAUUUUUCUAGUUUUAUGGUUGCUGGGGCAUAUUGUAAGCUUAUUGUAUAUGAACUUUGGUCAGGAAGAUUUGAAAAUUGUAAAUUCUACUUGCAAAUUUUGACCUUUUUCGAGAAGAAACUAUUCCCACAGGAUUGUGAUAUUGAUUCUAUGACUGAAUAUCAACAAAAUUUACAGGGUUGGAUAUUUUAUUUUGACAGAAUAAUAUUUAUAGAUAAUAGGGAACUGAAAGAUCUUACAGUGGAAGAUAUUCUAAAGAGGCUGCCAGCCAUUUUUGAAUUUUUACAUAGAAAGCCAUUCCCUGCUGAGUGGAUUAAUAUUCUCAAUACGGAAAUUACAGCUGAAAAUUGUUUUGAAAUUUGGAGCUUGGUAGAAAUGAUUCUCAAUCAAUCAAAGGCAAUAGAACGAUCUAAUAUUUCUGCAUCAGAAAGCUCCAAAUUUUAUUUGGAAAUUAUAGAACUAGUUUAUCAAUUUAUUCUAGAUGGAGCUAGAAUUUCAAUUCUAUCCAAAUCACCACAACGGGAUUCUGUUGUAAUUUCUGGAAUGAUAGACCAAAGUGCUAUUCAAAUUACAGCACUCACUGAAAAUCCAUGGUUCCCUGUUUUUCCUUUGGAGCUUAUCGCCUUUUUAAAUGCAGCUGCAAAAGUCCAUUUAGAAAAAGCCAAAACUCUCAGACAUACUGGAUCGCUGAUACAUAACAAUACUGAUUACCUUACAUUACUGAGGAAAGAUCUCAGAGCAUUCAAUGUUAUGCGAAGCAAAUAUAAGGCAGCUUCAGCUCAACCUUCAGAAGUUUGUCUAGAACUUGAGAAAUUCCUUCAUGAAAUUGAUACAUCCUUUGUGAGUUCAGCUCCACCAAUGUUGGACUCUCCUCACAAUGACCUUCACACUAGAUUAGAAGAAUUCUUAGAUGAAUUUUUAUUAGAUCAGUAAAGCAAUAGUAUCAUAUCGAAACGUAUUGAGGUUAUCCAGAUACAGAUUUGGGUGUUCCAGUUUUUUGUUAUCUUGUGAAUAGAAUGUUCCUCAUUAAAAGUUUGAAGUAGAAGCUCUUUUUGCA